CCAAGCACCAUAACAUACUACCAUGCUUAGACUUCUUCAAUCAAUCAAAUUUCCAUCGUCAAAAUCUUGCACGUCAAACUAUCUGCAUGCACUCUCCACCUUUCGCGCCAAGCGCUCGUCCAGACAACUCGCCUCGGAGAGCCGCCACCACUACAGAGUCAUCCAGCACAACAACAACAACAACAGCAAAAGCAGAGGCAACGUCUACACUAGCAUGUGCAGGCCACGCCCACGACUGUUGCACAUCAAUCGAUUCAGCGGCAGUGAUGGAAGUACUGACAACACAGACAACGCAUCCAACAGUGACAACUCCAAAAACAACUUGGAAGAUUACAAAUCGCAACCGGACGACGGCAAAACUUUGAGGUGGGGAAUAGCGCCGGUCAGCCUUAUGGCAGAUGAUUUUGCUGCCGCUUUGAGUGUCCUGCCGCCGCACCGCCAUGAGAUCGUCUCUUGUGCGGCCGCCUAUCGUUCGCACGCCGUAGCCUUUGCUGACAAAUAUGAAGUGAAAAACGUGUACACCAGCUUUGAGGAUCUGGCCAGGUGCCAAAGCGUUGAUGUUGUUUACAUAUCGCCCCUGAAUCCGUUGCACGGUGAACUUUGCCACCUGAUGCUGAACCAUGACAAGCAUGUGCUGUGCGAGAAGCCGAUCUGCAUGAGCGAGUCAAAGACAGAGAUGCUGCUGCGGAAAGCCCAGGCCCGCGGUCUCUUCCUCAUGGAGGGAAUGUGGCCACGCUGCGUGCCCGCCUACCACUAUUUGCGCCACCAGAUCCUGCGCAAUCGGCUGGGCGACGUCCAGAAUGUACACUGCACCCUCGGACUGCCCGUAUCGCAGAGCAAGUUGGCCCUCUACGGGGGAGUGGCGAGCGAUUUCGGUGUUUACGGGAUACAGUUGGCGCUAUGGGUGUAUCGGGAAGUGCCAGAGAAGGUGCGGGCUACGGGAAAGCUCAACGAGGAGAAUGUCGAUGUUGUGGCCAGUAUAGAGCUGGCUUUUAGCCACAACCGCUGGGCCAACAUCGAGGUGAGUGCCGAGGAGAAGCUGAGCAAUAAGGCCAUCGUCCAGGGCAAAGACGGAUGCAUCAAGAUGACCAACUAUUGGUGUCCCACGCGUCUCAUUACCGAGGACACUGACUACGAGUUCCCACUGCCUGGUGGGGACGAGGUGAUCACUCACUAUCACAACCGCUUAGGUAUGUGCUACGAGGCGGAGGAGGUGCGAAACUGCAUCCUGAAUGGCUGCACCCAAAGCGAGCUGUUCAAUCAUAACGAGAGCCGACUCCUGGCCAACCUAAUGGACAGCAUCCACGCCCAACUGGGUGUGGGUCGGAGCCGGGAAGUUUAUACGGAGUUUCAGCUGGAGAACGAUCUGAAAAAUUCCACGGAAACUGCUACCGAUCUGGACACCGGUGAAGCAGAGAAUCUUUCGACGAAGAAGAAAGGCGCAGGCGCAUAGAGCGGGCGGAUAUCUGGUGGAUAUAUUAACAUAAUUAUGAAUGUAUUUUCUGUGUGCGAAUAAUGAACAUGUUUUAAAUCUGUCUAA